AUGUCUUGCCAUUUGAGUGAUGAAAGUCAGCGUAUAGAUGCUGCUUCAAGAUUGAUUAGUAUUAUUGAUACUCUCACCUUAACCGGCGGCUCAAGUAAUGAAGGUGGCAGCCACGAAACAGCCAUUUUCUCAGCUAUCCAAGACUUCCUGCUUGUUUUAUCUCCCCAUCGACCCCUUUAUGCAGGUUUUCAUGAUGGCCAAGUGCAUAACCCACUUGGAGGUGGUGCCUACGCCUUCAAGGAAGGGCUUAUUAGCCCUACAAUUCUAUCACUCAUGAACGAUGAAAGUACCUGUAUUCACAGAUCUAGCCCAGGCCUCACCCGUCCUAUCAUUAUACACGCCGGCUUCCAGCCUAAUAAUUCGCCUCACGCAGGGACGCUGAUUGUAUUUAGCUAUGCUUUCUUGUUGGCAAAAGCCAUCCAUGACGAGAUUUCAGCUCAUGGUUCAGCAAUAUCUGUAGCGGUUGAAAUCGCAAUCGUUGAUACAGCACCAAUUAGCCAUGAAACUCGCGAGAUAGGAGGCAUACAGUAUCAGCGGGCGUAUAGAGAUGAUCCAGCCGUACUGGCGGCUUAUAUGAUCGACUACGAAGAAGUGCUUGAUCAAAUGUCGAAAUGGUCUGGCAUCUCCUUUCGGCCUACAUAUCAGUCCGAUCUCUUUUCUCAUCCAGAACUUCCGAAACUUCUUGCCUAUGUGGUGAACCAUCGAGCUCGUCUGGCAUCGCAGUUGUCACCGAAGUAUAACACGAUAGCACUUCGCGCUGCUUGCCCAGUCCCAGGCUGCAGUCUAACUGAGAAGCAUGGAAUAUUAAAUCAGUAUACUCACAAUUCCAUCACGUUUUAUUGUCCGUAUCAUGGAGAGCAUAGCAUCUCUCUAUCUCAGCCUUCGGAAAUAGCUCGUCUAGAAGCUAAUGCGCCAACUCGAAAUCUCAUACGUUCCAUGCUUCAUCUUCUUGACAAAGAUGCCCAUCAUAUUCGAAUUACCGGUGCUGAUUAUGCGGGGACUUAUCAGGAAGCCUUCCUCUAUCGCCCUCUCGCGGAAUGCCUAUAUGUAUGCAACGGCGGUUAUGAGACUAUGGAAGCCUUGGGUACAGAUGGCCUACUGAGCUAUGCUCGGCUCAGAUCGAAACAUGGAACUCAAGGACUAAAACGCAUCUGGGACGAGGUUGAGAGAUGGAUCACUGAGCCAAAGAACUUAUUUCGGGCUUCCUUCUCCGUUGAAUAUCUACGAGCAGUCUUAGACGGUUCUAACUGGUGA